UCUGCAACUGACGUGUCUAAAACAGUUGUGGGAAAACCCUGGCAGGGAAAUAUUUGGUCAGGAGAAGUGACUGAUUGUUUUCCCUGUAGACGAAAUCAACUACAGAAGUUGACGUCGGAUUUAUAAUUUAUUAACUAUAUAUUUUAUUUCUAUGUUUUGAGAGUGUUAUCUAUCCUUGUUGUGAUUAACUUGAGUCCUUGUCGGCAAGAUGUUGGAUUUCUUCGCCAUCUUCAGUAAAGGGGGUAUAGUGUUGUGGUGUUUUCAGGGAGCUGGGGUUGCUGAGUCUUUUGCUGGACCUGUCAACGCUCUCAUCCGAUCUGUCAUCCUACAGGAGCGCAGCGGAAACAAUUCCUUCAACCACAAUGCAUUGACUCUAAAAUACAAGCUGGACAAUGAGUUUGAGCUUGUGUUUGUGGUGGGUUUUCAAAAAAUCCUCAUGCUGACCUAUGUGGACAAGUUAAUAGACGAUAUCCAACUUCACUUCAGGGAUCGUUAUAAGAAUGAACUCGAGCAAAAGGGUGCUAUUAAAUAUUUGAUCAACGAUUUUGAAUUUGGAGAUGAUUUUGACCAGCUUCUCCGCGAGGCAGAGGAGAGCAGCAGGGUGAAGGACCCUGUGGUCAUGAGGACCUUCACACAGUCCCAGAAGUCCCAGAAAACUGUGAAGUCCAUGAUCGAGACAAAGGGAGGGGACAAGGGCAAGGAACAUGGUGGCAAGAAGAAUAAAAAUGCCAAAAAAGAAGCAGAGGAAGGCGCGGGAGCUGCACCAAGCAAGUCCCCGCCCGCUUCCAAGAAGGCGGUUGUCAACGGCAACCAGGAGCUGACUAAAGAGGAAAUCCUUCAGAGGAACCGGGAGGAGAUGUUCCGCAGGGCGGCGGCGAAGAGUGGCAGUGCCACCAGAUCCCCCAAGCCUCUGAAGGAGAAGGAGAAGACCAAGAAGGCCAAGGUGAACCGCGUGUGGGACAACUGUGGCACCAACACCAAGGAGCUGGACCACAGCAAGAGCAACGGCUCCCAGGAGGCAGACGAUAUGGCCAGGGAGCAAGCUGAGCCGGAAAUGCAGCUGGAGUCCAUGGUUGGUGACUUGAGAGACGUGGAUUAUGAGUCCAGCGAACCGGAGGAAGAAGAGGAGGAGAGAGUGGUCGUCACUGAAGCCAGCAAGAAAGGGGCCAAGCGCGGUGGCUUCGGCGGGAUGUUCGGGAUGCUCAAGGGCCUGGUGGGCUCCAAGAGUCUGAGCCAAGAGGACAUGGAGCCCGUCCUGGACAAGAUGAAGGACCACCUCAUCGCUAAGAAUGUAGCAGCUGACAUUGCUGUUCAGCUUUGUGACUCAGUGGCCAAGAAGCUGGAGGGCAAAGUCAUGGGCACCUUCACCACUGUGGCCUCGACCGUAAAGCAGGCUCUGCAGGAGUCUCUGGUGCAGAUCCUGCAGCCCAAGCGGCGUGUGGACAUCCUGAGGGACGUACUGGAGGCCCGCUCCCAGCGCAAGCCCUUCGUCAUCACCUUCUGCGGCGUAAACGGCGUGGGCAAGUCCACCAACCUCGCCAAGAUCUCGUACUGGCUGAUCGAGAACGGCUUCAGCGUGCUGAUCGCGGCGUGCGACACGUUCCGAGCGGGGGCGGUCGAGCAGCUGCGGACCCACCAGCGGCGCCUCAACUCGCUGCAUCCUCCGGAGAAACGCGCGGGCCGCCACGCUGUGCAGCUCUUCGAGAAGGGCUACGGCAAGGACGCCGCCGGCAUCGCCAUGGAGGCUAUCGCCUUUGCUCGUAACCAGGGCUUUGACGUGGUGCUGGUGGACACGGCGGGACGCAUGCAGGACAACGCUCCGCUGAUGACCGCGCUGGCCAAGCUCAUCGCCGUCAACACCCCCGACCUGGUGCUGUUCGUGGGCGAGGCCUUGGUGGGCAACGAGGCCGUGGACCAGCUGGUGAAGUUUAAUCAGGCACUGGCUGACCACUCCAUGUCUGAUAGGCCCCGCCUUAUCGAUGGCAUCGUCCUCACCAAGUUCGACACCAUUGAUGACAAGGUUGGUGCCGCUAUCUCCAUGACCUACAUCACCGGUCAGCCAAUUGUGUUUGUGGGCACUGGGCAGACCUACCACGACCUGCGCAGCCUCAACGCCCGCGCCGUGGUCAGCGCCCUCAUGAAGGCCUAAGAGACGCCCACCGCCCUAGCAGGAUCUCCCACCCUACCCCACCCUCAUGUCCGUCCCUGGCGCUCUGAAACCAGAUCUUGGAGGGCCACCAUGUGUAGAGGAUUUUUCAAUUUCUCACGAGUCAAGCCAACCACCUGAUUUAAUCUGAUUUAUCCAAACAUGGUCUUAAGAGUACCACAAUGAUGAAGUGAAUACCAUAAAGCGAUGUUUGUCAUUCUCCCUCCAACAAGAACAUCUGGAUUUAGAAAUGAAUACAUAGCUAUAUUUAUUUUAUUUUAUUCCCUCUUACUUGUAGUAUCAAAAUUGAAUUGAAAAGUCUUAAUUUUUUGUCCAGACAACUAGCCCAUUAGAAUAGGUGAGCAUCCAUAUUUAGGUGCAUCCUGAAUUUGAAAACAUGGUGGCCCUCCCUAUCUUCCUCCUGCAAGAUGUAGUAGUCCCUGAUACUCAAUGACUGAACCCCCAACCCCCCUGGAAACCAACCAAUCCACCAGCCGCAGUCCCGAUGGCGGCCAGUGUGAGGCGCUCUGCCCUGCCCUGCCCUGCCAAGAGGCCAUGCCAGAUCUCAGUGGCCCCUGCGGACCCUGAGACCACUCUUCUCCAUCGGUCUGAUGCCCCGCCUCAUCGCUCGGACGCUUCUCAUGCAUAGCAGCUUUCACCCAGCCGCCAUGGAGGAGGAGGAGGGCAUGAGGACUUUCAGCAAGCAACCAUGUCACGCACGCACACACGCACACACACUUUUGUUUCCCUCCCUCCUGGUUAUGAUGUGGGGCCAAAGAAGUAUAUGUGCAGUUUUGAUAGCUCUUUAUGAAUAAAAAAAAAUACAAAAGAACGAGUAAAACAUAAAUACCUGGAUAUAAAAAAAA